CCUGGGUCACUUCCUGGAGAGGAAGGGGCGUCAAUGUCCCUGGGUCUCCAGCUGGGCUUUUCCAGGACACCAGCGGCUGCUGUGGCCAGGAAGCAUGGCUGAUGCUCCGAAAGAGGGAAAACUGACCAGGUUCCUGGACUUUGCCCAGCUGAUUGACAUGGCAUCUGAGUCCGUGGGAGGCAAGGUUUUAUUUGCAACAGAUGACUUUUUUGCUCCUGCAGAAAACCUCAUAAAGAGUGACGGCCCAAGCUUCAGAGAACACGAGUACACAGAGUUCGGGAAAUGGAUGGACGGAUGGGAGACCAGGAGGAGGAGGACCGCAGGUCACGACUGGUGUGUCAUCAGGCUGGGGAUCCAAGGAGUCAUCCGGGGCUUCGACGUGGACAUUUCUUACUUCUCAGGAAACCAUGCCCCUCGCAUGUCGAUUCAGGCAGCGAACUUGGAAGAAGAUAAACUGCCAGAAAUCCCACAGAGAGGGACCCGGAUGGGAGCUGCGGCCACCCCUGAGGAGUUUGAAGCUAUUGCGCAGCUGAAGUCCGAUGAGUGGAGUUACUUGGUUCCUAUGACGGAGCUUAAGCCAGGAAACCCCGCCUCCAGCCAUAACUACUUCCUGGUCAACUCCCCGCAGAGGUGGACUCACGUGAGACUCAACAUCUUCCCGGAUGGAGGGAUUGCUCGCCUUAGAGUGUAUGGUACUGGGCAGAAGGACUGGACUGCCAUCGACCCCAAAGACCCAGUAGACCUGGUGGCCAUCGCCUUUGGGGGUGUCUGCGUAGGAUUCAGCAACGCACAUUUUGGGCACCCAAACAAUAUGAUAGGAGUCGGCGGGCCCAAGUCCAUGGCGGACGGCUGGGAAACUGCGAGAUGCCUGGACAGACCCCCGGUGUUAGAAAAUGACGAGAACGGCAUUCUGCAGGUUCAGGGUUGUGAGUGGGCAGUUUUCCGGUUGGCACAUCCUGGAGUAAUAACCCAGAUUGAAAUCGAUACGAAGUAUUUUAAAGGCAAUUCUCCAGACAGCUGCAAAAUUGAGGGGUGCAUCCUGACCACUCAGGAGGAAGAAGACAUGGUCAAGCAAAAGUGGACUGUUCCAGUCCACAAAUGGAAGCCCCUGCUCCCUGUCACCAAGCUAUCCCCCAAUGAAAACCAGUCGUUCGACAGCCUAACCCUGGAGCUCCAAGACGUUAUCACUCACGCUAGAUUCACCAUCAUCCCGGAUGGAGGUGUGAGCCGCCUUCGACUCAAGGGCUUCCCGAGCUCCAUCUGCCUGCUGCGGCCCCGGGGGGAUUCCAGGAUGAGGUUCUCAGUUAAAACGGGUUUUAAGGCAAACCUUUAACCCUGUGCAAAACACUCAUUUCUACAUAGCAAUAACUGCCCACUUGAGGUCUUUUCAAGCGUUGUAAACACCUGGUGGCUUAAUAAAAGUGGU